UUUCACCUGGCAAAGUCUUUUCAUCUACUUCUACAUACUUCUAAAACGGUGUUCAAUUUCCCAUAUCUUGUAAAACCCUACCUAAAACCCUAAAUCUGCCUCUGCCUCUACCUUUGGCUCUUCGAUUCUCAUUCUCAACAAAACUCUUUCUUGGUCUUUUCUCCGAAUUCGAGUUUUCCUCUCUCUAAUUCUCCCUGGAAAUGGAGGUCAACAGAAUUUGCUCAAACGUCGCCGUUUUGGAUGGUUCUCUCUCCUCUGCGAUGGAGGCAUUGGUGGCUGAGGCAGCCAUUGCAGCUUCCAAGUCUAUUGCUUUGUCACUCUUCCUGAUCGGAUCUCUGUGUAAUACAGUUGACGUGUUUCUCAAAGAACCCAACGACUUCGGAGGGUUUCCCAUUUCUGAGCUUUUUGCAGUGGAGAAACCUGGUCCUGAGAACAAAGAUGGCAGCGAAACUGAGAAUGGUGACGGAGAGGAUAAAGACGCCGAUGAUCAGGAUGAUGAUGAUGAUGAGGAAGGUGGUGAUGAUGAUGAUGACGAUGAUGCUUAUGGAGAAGAGGGUGAAGAGGAGGAAGGAGAUUCAGAAGAUGAGCCCAGGGCGAAUGGUGAUGGUGGAAGUGAGGAUGAAAAGGACAAGGAUGAGGAUGACGAGGACGGUGAUGAUGAUGAAGGGGAAGAAGAGGAAGAAGAGGAGGAGGAGGAGGACGAAGAUGAGGAAGAGAUACCUCAGCCACCUGCUAAGAAGAGGAAAUGAUUGCUUUUCUCUCCCAUUUCUUUUCCAAAUGGCUACUUUAUGUUGUAGGAAAUCUCAAAUUUGUACGGAAAUACGGUUGGAUUCAUGUUACUUUUCCGUAUAUAGGGUAGAAUUGCUUGCUGUAUUUGUACCUUUGAUAGUUUCUUAAUUAUAAAGCCUUGUUUAGUUA